UAGUUUAAAAUAAAUAUUCUUGUUACUUUUUGUGGUCUUGUGAGUAAGUUAAUUGAGGAUGAGUUGUGAGGAAAAGAAGACGCCGCACCAGGGAGACGGGGAUUGCCAAGCCAAGGUCAAGGACCUAAAUCCUCCGGCAACAUGUCCGGCUCCAUUGAUCUGUCCACUGCCGCCAGAUCCUCCCUCAUUUCGACUGAAGAAGGCUCCGAACCCGGCUAAGGUGGCUUUAGCACCGUACCCCGAAGAGGCUGCCCAGCAGAACAUCCACCUGACAGUGGUGGGUCCGGCCCAGGAGCACCAGAAGCUUCAGGCCGAUCUCCAAGCCGGAGUAGAUCACCAGCAGAAGCAGCUGGCCGACAUGCGAGCAGAUCAGUACAAUCAAUCGCAGAAACCCAUCUUUACGGAAGAAGUUCAGUUUGCCCGUGCCAUGGACCCGAAUAGGGACAACCUUCAGAAUCCGCCAUGCUAUUUGCCGCAGGCGGGCGACGAUCUGCCACACAAGGAUCAGCUGAUGCCAAUGGGUCCGAUCGGGCCCUGGGCUUCUGGCAAGGUCGAUUGGAGUCCUAUGGCAGGCCUGACGGGAACACGUCCUGUGGUGGAUCGUUACUCGAUCACUCGCUUCAGUCCUAACGAGUGGAGAACAAGGAACCAUCAAACGAUUCAAUUGAUCAACGGAGUGCUGGACAAGGCGGAUAAAAAUCGCUUUAGUGCUGCUACAGAGUUCCAGCGACUGUCGGCGUUGGUCACGAAAACCCAGGCGGAAACUACCGACAAGCUGAAGCUGCGAUCCCAGUUGAUUGGUAAAUGGAAGAACACUCUGGAGAAUGCCAUUAAAGCGAUGGCCGACGAGAUAUCCACAAUGGAAGUGGAACGCAUAAAGCUGCGCAAGUCACUCGUGAUACUCGGCGUUCCGGAGUCAAUUGCCAAGGAGUGCAUUGAGAAACGCGCCUCUCGUCCCGACACGGAGCUGGUGAGGGAUCAGACCGAGGAAGAGCUUGUCAACGAACUGGCUCUGAUUGCCGAAAUACGGCGCCUGCUGAAGAAGACCCUCGAGGACUUUGAGGCUCAGCAGGUUGAGAAUCGCACGGCCAGGCAGCGGUUGGAGUACGACUGGAGUGAUAAGAAGGAGGCCUACGAAAUCGAUACCCUCAACCAGGGCCUCAACAACAACUCACGAACGAUUAUGUUUCGGCCCGGAGCUGUGCGUCAGCCCCCAGAGCAGGCAUCAGAGAAGUACUGGGAGCAUUUCAGCAUGGAGACACUCGAGGACUGUGAGAAGUGCCGCCAGAAGUCGGUGGCCCUGCGCGCAACCCUCAACUCGAUCCUGAUGAACGCCGCCCGGGACAUUCGCACCCAGGCCGAUAUAGUAGAGAAGGCUCUUACGGCGCGCAUCAAUUGCACCCAGGAGGCAGUGCAGCGUUUCGAGAACGAUCUUCGCAACAUCCUGCAGACCCUCGCCGACACCGAGACCCGCAUCCUCACCAUUCGCCGUCGCGUUCGCAGCUUCGAUUCGGCCAUGAAGGUGGCCCAGACGCGAAUGGACAACCGCAGCUAUCGCCCCAAUGUCGAGAACUGUCGAGACGUGGCCCAACAGGACCUCAUCGACGAGGUGCACACCAUCCAGAGCAGCGUCUCCGCGAUGCUCCACGAACUGGACGAGGCCGAGCGGGUCAAGAGUGAUCUGGUGUCAGCACGCGCCGUCCUCGAGCGGGAGAUAAUGCUCAAGCGCCGCACCCUGUUUACGGAUCGGGAACGCUGUAUGCUGCUUCGCUCACACUACCCAUCGGCGAAUGCCCUGAGCGGCUCGGCAACGUUCUAGAUAAUGGUUCUCCUGGAAUGGAUCAAAAUUGUUGAGUUAUAUUUUAUAUGGUUCUUUGACGUAGCAGUAUAUGAGAUGCACGUUUAAAUAAAUUGUAAAUGCAUUUUUUGAA